AGGCGCAAGUGCCGAGAAGAGUGGCCGAGCGUCGGCACCGAGAGAGCUUAUAAUCUUUUCUUGGACGGGACUUUGCUUUUAGUCCCUUUAAUCGUGAUGAGCUUGGCUUAUUCACUGAUCGCGGUGAAACUCUGGCGGGGACUGCGACAGGAAAUACGGCAGACAUCGAAUUGUCAACAACGUUUGGAGAGAGAAUCCAGAGGGACGCGGAACUCAACGUAUGACAAGAGUGAUCGAGCAGCCAGCACCACGGUUGUCCUGAAUGCUUGUGGCACAUCCUCGAGAUUAAGGCGAGGAUUUUCCUCAUCCUCCCACGGAUACUUCCAUGGUGCUCCGGAGGGAGUACCGACUAGG